AAAGGCCUGUCCGCCAUUUUCCAUUUUGAACGCAAGUUCAUGAUUUUGUCCAGUCUAAUGGUGUAAAUAAUCCUUCGAUCAAAAACUAUGGAUCAGUUUGACGUGAUAGCAAAUCAACCAAUAGUUAUAGAUAACGGAUCAGGAGUCAUCAAGGCCGGAUUUGCCGGAGAUCAGAUUCCCAAGUACCAUUUUCCAAACUAUGUCGGUCGCCCUAAACAUAUCCGGGUCAUGGCUGGGGCCUUGGAAGGGGAUAUUUUUAUUGGACCUAAAGCUGAAGAACAUAGAGGACUCCUAAAUAUUAAAUAUCCUAUGGAACAUGGUGUUGUAAGAGACUGGAAUGACAUGGAAAGAAUAUGGCAGUAUAUUUAUUCAAAGGAUCAGCUACAGACAUUUUCAGAAGAGCAUCCUGUGUUACUGACAGAAGCUCCCCUUAAUCCACGGCGAAACAGAGAAAAAUCUGCAGAGAUAUUCUUUGAGACAUUUAAUGUUCCAGCCUUGUUCAUAUCCAUGCAAGCAGUGCUUAGUUUAUAUGCAUCUGGUCGAACUACAGGUGUGGUUUUAGAUUCUGGCGAUGGAGUGUCUCACUCAGUCCCAAUCUAUGAAGGCUUUGCUAUGCCACACUCUAUUAUGAGGACAGAUAUUGCUGGCAGAGAUGUAACAGCAUAUCUAAGAUUGCUUUUAAGAAAAGAAGGCUUCAAUUUCCAUUCUUCAUCAGAGCUGGAAAUAGUGAGAACUAUUAAAGAGCGCACCUGCUAUCUGGCAGUAAACCCACAAAAAGAGGAGUCACUAGAAGGAGAAAGAAUGCAGUAUGUACUACCUGAUGGAAGUAUGCUGGAGGUUGGACCAGCACGUUUCAGAGCACCAGAACUUCUGUUUAGACCUGACCUUGUUGGUGAGGAAUGUGAAGGAAUUCACGAGGUUCUGGCAUUUGCUAUUCAAAAAUCAGACAUGGAUCUUAGACGAAUUCUUUACUCAAACAUUGUGCUCUCUGGUGGCUCUACUUUAUUCAAAGGAUUUGGAGAUCGGUUACUGGGUGAAGUAAAGAAAAUAGCACCAAAAGACAUCAAAAUUAGAAUUUCUGCUCCUCCAGAGAGACUUUACUCAACAUGGUUUGGGGGCUCUAUUUUAGCAUCUCUAGACACAUUCAAGAAGAUGUGGGUUUCCAAAAAAGAAUAUGACGAUGAGGGAUCAAGAGCCAUUCAUCGGAAGACCUUCUAACUUAUCAUAGACUGUUCUCAAUUGUUUAAAUUAUAUAGAUCAGCUAGAUAAAGUCAAACAUCUUGUUAUUGUACAUAUGGGCUCUCAUGUCGUAGUAAGACUUGAAAUAUCAUUAUGACCGUCAAGCCAAUUGUUGGCGUUAACAAAUUGACCUUGCUAUCCCCAUGCAGCAUUGAAAAGAACUGUAAAUCCUCUUUACUUUUUUAACAUAUUCAGUCAAACAGGUCCUGAGAUGGGCAGGUUGGUCAAUCUCAGGACUUUGGCUUUUAAAAGUUAAGCUCUUCCAAUUUAAACUACAGAGAACAUACUAGAGACAGUAAGGAGAAUUUUAAUGUUGAUAUUGGGUCUUAGCUGUUGAUAUGGAGACUCACUCAUUGGAGAAAUACAUAGAGUGGAUAUAUAUGUGAGGGUCUUAUUUUGUGUCAUUGAGCUUUCUAAAAUAUUGCUGGUGUUACAUAAACUUUGGAUUAGAAGGGAUAUGGAAUUUUUAGUAGAAUGUUUGGCAUUUUGUACAAGAUUGAGGCUUGUUGCAUAUAUAAGAGAGAUGGAAAUCGUUCAGAUGCUGUGGUUACAUUGUAAAGUUACAAUGCUUUCUGAAAUAUUAUUGUCCAGCCCGAGUCAGCAAUACUUUUAAUUAUUUGCGUUGAAUGGGUUACAUGAUAUUUGAAGGGAAUGAGCAAGUACUCAUGGAAAUAAUAGCAUGUAGCACUUUACAACUUUUCUAGGACAAAAUCAAGUUCUAACAUCUUAGCUAAUAAGUGUGGUUUGGACCUGUCUAGGUAGACAGGGAAUAUUUCCAUCACAUCACUAAUUGACUGGAACCGAAAACUGUGCUGGUAAAGCCUCUGCAGCCAACGACGGGAGUAACUAAAAUUACUUGCAGACUUUGAAGAGAUGUGAAAUGUAAAGAUUGAAAGAGAGCAAAAUUCUUCUUGCAACUAUCCUCAGCUUCUGAUCUUGAACUAGUAAUAUAUGGUAACUCCCUCCAAUGGAGCCUGCAUUUCACUCAGUUACUUAAUUAUGCCUUAAUUUGGAUACCCCUCUUAGAGGGGACACCCCUCCUGAGAGUAAAAGGGCUAACCCCUCAGAUGGAAGCGCCAUCAAAGAGUACCUUGUUUUAUGGUGGACACCUUUUCUGUACCCCCCCCCCCCCCCCCCC